AUGAUCAUUUUUGUUCCAGGGGAGAUAAACAUCACAGCAAGUGCAGAGGCUGUGAGCUCAAAUCAGCUCUGUGGGAAUGAAGUAGUGGAGGUGCCCACCAUCGGAAACAAAGACGUCAUGAUCAAGUCACUAUUAGUUGAGCCUGAAGGGAUCGAGAAAGAAGUGGUCUUCAACUCUCAUCUCUGUGCAGAUGGAAAACCUAAGUCCGAAUCUAUUCCCCUGUCAUUACCGGAAAAUGUUGUUGAAGGCUCAGCCAGGGCCUCCUUUUGUGUGCUGGGAGACGUUCUCGGGGGAGCAAUACAGAACCUCCACCAGCUUCUCAAGAUGCCCUACGGCUGUGGGGAGCAGAACAUGGCCCUCUUUGCCCCCAAUAUCUACAUCCUGAACUAUCUCAAAAAGACUGGACAACUGACCGAGGAGAUCAAAUCCAAGGGCAUCGGAUAUUUAGUGGCUGGCUAUCAAAGGCAACUGAACUACAAGCAUCCGGAUGGUUCUUAUAGCACUUUUGGGGAAAGUUCAGAGGAAGGGAACACUUGGCUGACGGCUUUCGUGCUGAAGUCUUUUGCUCCAGCGAGGUCCUUCAUCUCUGUGGAAGAAAAGCACAUCAUCGAUGCUCAGAACUCACUGACACUGAGGCAGGAGACGAAUGGAUGCUUUCGGAGCACAGGGUCUCUUUUUAACAAUGCCCUCAAGGGGGGAGUUGAUGACCAGAUCACUCUUUCAGCUUACAUCACCAUUGCUUUGCUGGAAGUGCCGCUAUCUCCCUCCUUCUUUGUGGUGGAAAAUGCUUUAGUUUGCUUGGAGGAGGCAUCUGAAGCUAAAGAGAUCCACGUUUAUCUCCGGGCUCUGUUGGCGUACGCCUUUGCUUUGGCGGGGAAAGAGGAGAAGAAGCAAGAAAUGUUGGACUUCCUUCUAAAAGUAGCUGUGAAGGACGAGGACGGCUCCAUCCACUGGGAGAGGCCUGGGAAGCCAAAGCAGAGGUCCGAUUUUCCAUUCUACUCGCGUGCUCCCUCUGCUGAGGUAGAGAUGACUUCCUAUGCGCUCCUUGCUUGCCUGACCAAAAAACCAACCCCGUCCCAGGAAGAAUUAACUAUAGCAGCUGCCAUUGUCAAAUGGUUGCUCAAACAACAGAAUUCCAAUGGAGGAUACUCCUCUACACAGGAUACGGUGGUGGCUCUCCAGGCCCUCAGCCAGUACAGGACAAUUACUUAUUCCAAGGAUGGCAUCGACACCAGAGUGACCUUGAGUUCAGGAGAUGCUGUCCUGACAGAAUUCCAUGUCAACAGCAACAACUCUCUGCUGCUCCAGUGCCAGGAGCUGCCCCAAGUGCCAGGGGACUACAUGGCUGAGGUGACCGGUUGCAUCUUUAUGCAGACCGCCUUGAAAUACAAUGUCCCUUUGCGACAAGAAGAUGCACCAUUUAGGCUGGAUGUGAAGACAGUUCCUGAGACUUGCACAAGAGCCAAAGCUCACGUCACAUUUGACAUUGCCGUGAAUGUCAGUUACACUGGCCAACGUCUGGUUUCCAAUAUGGCAAUGGUCCAGAUUAAGAUGCUAUCCGGAUUCAUCCCGGUGAAAUCCAGUGUAAAAAAGCUGGAAAAACAGAGUCAGGUGAAGAGGACUGAAGUGAACAUCAAUCAUGUCCUGCUAUACUUGGAGGAGGUAAGCAACACAAUCCAGACUUUCUCUUUCACAGUGGAGCAGGAGACACCCAUCCAGGGUCUGAAGCCUGCCUCAGCGAUUGUCUACGAUUACUAUGAAACUGGUGAACUUGCUACAGCCGAGUACACUGCCCCCUGCAGUACAGAUUCCGACCGACAAAGCCAACAGAGUAGACAUCUUUGA